GGUCCGGUUGUAAUGGGUUGGGCGUUGUGGGCAUGGUCCAACCCAUUGGUUGCCCGCCGUGGUAACAUGGGCUGUGACGCAGAAGUCUCUUCGGGCGCAGAUUCUCUGGGGAUAACGUGAAGAGCCAAUGAUGAGUGAGUGAUCGCUUUCAUGGCGGCCCGGAUCCAUCCGUCAGCCAUGAACCUGGCUCCGUCUCUGCUACCCCGUAGCAGCGUCCUUCCCAGCUUCACUAUCAUCCCCAUCUCCCCCACCACCAUCGGCAGCUUCAGUUUCAGCCGCAACCACCAUCACCGCCACCAUUGUCCUUACCAUUCUGCUCGCCCAACCCACCAGAGGUUGUUGGUGACGACCACCAUACGCUCCUGCCUCCCAUCUUCCGACAACGGUGGUUCCGAUGCCGAUCCCAUCGAGAAGAAGGAUAUUUCUUCACAACCAUCAUCGACAUUUUCUUCUCCUCCUUCUCCUUCUUCUUCUUCUUCUUCUUCCUACGGGUGGUCCGCGGCAAUUGGGGCCGUGGGUUUUGUGGAGACGAGCUACUUGACGUACCUGAAGGUCACCGGUUCUGAUGCCUUCUGUCCCAUUGGUGGUGGUAGCUGUUCUACGGUUCUCAACAGCGAGUAUGGAUCCGUAUUUGGUGUUCCUCUUCCAGCAUUUGGAAUGAUAGCAUAUGGAUUGGUUGCAUUAUUGGGUUUGCAAUUGGCGAGAAAAGGUUCUCUGUUUGCAUUAGGCGAAGCAAGUGCGCAAUUAGUUCUACUUGGGAGUGCCACAUCAAUGGCAGCCGCUAGUUCUUAUUUCUUAUACAUUCUAAGCACAAAGUUUUCCGGAAUGUCAUGUUCAUACUGUCUGUUCUCUGCAUUCUUGAGUUUCAGCUUGCUAUUUAUUAAUAUGAAGUUUCAAGAGCUGCAGAAGACUGCUGGGCUGCAACUAUCUGUAGCUGGCUUAGUGAUUGCCGCUGUAAGUGCUUCAUACAGUGGCGUUAGCUCUGAACUAACAGGGUCAUCAGAGAUUAAUUUGCAGCUAUUUGAACCUGAAAUUACGAAUCAGUCAAGUCCAGAAGCAAUUUCUCUAGCAAAGCAUUUGAAGGCUAUUGGAGCAAAAAUGUAUGGAGCGUUUUGGUGUUCCCAUUGUUUGGAACAAAAAGAGAUGUUCGGGAAAGAAGCUGCAAAGAUGCUGAACUACAUUGAGUGCUUUCCAGAUGGGUACCGAAAGGGAGUAAAACCUGCCAAGGCAUGUCAAGAAGCUGAUAUAGAAGGAUUCCCAACCUGGAUUAUAAAUGGCCAGGUCCUAAGCGGAGAACUAGAAUUAUCAGAACUUGCAGAAGCAUCAGGAUUCCUACCUGAAGCCACCAACGAAGCACAGACACAAAACUGAGCAAGAUUUUUAAGGCCUGCACCCUUCCAGCAAAAGACCGAUACGAUGCAUAUCGGCAGACGACGAUACGGUUCUGAGAACAUUGGUUCAAAUGCCGGGUGUCCUUUUUCUCAACGGUCAACCCGGAAGCUGGUUUCUUGGUGGAUUCUUACCAGCAUAUAAAUGGCGAAAGGAAAUUUUGGAGCUCCUUUUACUUUUCGUGUUUGAACGUUGCUUUG